AUGACCGCCCAGAAGUUGCCCAAGCUCAAGUAUCUGCGUGUCAAGAACCUGCAGACCGCCGAGGCCCCCCAGGCCGUGCAGCUUCUGUCUCGACUUUUGGCGUGCUGGUCAUCCAACGGUGUCAACUCCGAGGCCUGCAAGGAGAUUGAACAGGAGUUCAAGAUGGCUGCCUGCAAGAGUGUUAAACCCGUCAAGCAGCAGGACAGUAUCAACUUCCACGCCAAGCGACUUUACCCCAAGAUGGUUCCCCAGGGAAAGAACCGACGAUAA